AUGUCUUCUCUGUUCAUCCCAGCGGCAAACUCUCCACUGCGCACCGCUUCGAACGAUAUCUUUUUUCGUGCCCUUCGACUGGCCUCUCUCUACCGACUUCCCGAAGUAUCAUCUGCCGUACAAGUCAAGUGGAUCACCCGUAUCCUAUGGCACGAGCUCUCUCCCGUUCCUGCUAUCAUCUUGGCAGACCGAUGUGACUUUCGCAGUCUCCUCAGCCACGCAUACUACACCCACAUGGUCGAACUCGGCGUCCGUUUAACGGAGAGCAACUUCAUUUCAGACCCCUCCUCCAUUCUUACCCGGAAACAUAGGACCCACCUCCUCGCUGGCUACCAUUCCCUUUCUGCUUACUGGAAACAUCUUCGAAUAUCCCCACCUCCUUUCGAACAGGCGCCGCAGUGCAAGCUGCAUAGGCAGUGUUGCGCAGCAUGGAAAAUGCGGUGGUCUGUAGCCUGCAGCCGUCCCUGCUCCAUCCCGGAGAUGGAUGUUCUCCGGCGGCUGCGCUUUGUCGAAGAUCUCCUCAAAGAGGACAUGUUGGUUGAGGUUUGCUUAGCCUCUGGAUGUCGAGCAUUGGCUCUCGAUUCUAUCUCCAAGAAGAGAACGGACAUCUCGAAUAAUCUGCAUCACCAUUUCGACCUUGCAUAG